AUGGUCCACACCCGUGGACAAGGCGCCCGGCCCGAGGGCUUUACUGAAUGGAUUCCUCAAAAACAGCCAGUGGCCGCGAAGCGCAAGCGAGAAGAGGACGAUCUCGCUGCCGAGAACACGUCCAAACGCCCACGACGGCCCGUCACACCAAACCAACCGAAAUUCCUUUUCUCUACCACUCGAAACCGAAGUCUAUUAACGUCUGCUCCCCCCAAAUUCGCCUCCCAGCGCGAGUCUCCCUACUAUAACCGUAUCCUAAAGCCUACGAGCCGCGAAAAGAGAGAAGAAAAAAGCCCCGUGCCUCAAGAAAGAGCAUGCACGCCACAAACCCCAAUACCAGCCCAGUCCGAAAAAGGCUUUCUGGGCAGCGUGAGGAGGAUUUUUGGCUACCUGACUGGUGCGCAGGGUGCGACAGAACGCGUCGAACAGCCACAACAAAGCAGUCCGAGUGAAUCCACCGAUACUACGACAAAUCAGGAGCGGGAAACCGUGGAACCAGAUAGUCCUACGCCCCAAACCACCCAAUCUGAACACCCCACUCCAGACCCGGAGAUCUUGGACAGCGGAAUCUACACCCGUGAAUUUUUUAAACGCCGCCGGACCAGAAAUACCAUCGCAGGCCGUGAACAAUUAGCAGCUAUGCGGGCGGCUGCCGAGGGAUCGGCAGAAUUCAACCUUGCUGCAACACCGGAGUCCCACAAGCGCAAGCUGACUUCUGUUGAUGGCGAGAUACCGGGCCCAAAACGGGGUGGUUUCGGAAUCGACGACAGCUACCUCGAUGUAGACAACGAAGUCGAAGGAAUCGAAGAAUCGCAGCUCCCAAAUGCGCGGCUAUCCACUCCAGCAACCAGGCCUGCGCCACAGACCCCUCUUCGAUCCGCACUGCGACAGAACGGUGGCCAUUUGGGUUCGGUCGGACGAUCUACCAAAUCCGUACGCAUUAAUCCAAACACCUCGGUCAGAAACAUCUACGGACAAUUCCAUUCUGGAGAAUAUCACGGCAGUAUGUUUUCAGACCCUUCAGACGCGUCUGAUUCAUCGAUCUCGGCGAUCAACGUCCUAGACGUCCAUUCACCUACCAUGGUUCAACAAAAUACCAGAUACAAUGUGAACCCCGGAUUCCGGCUCGACACGAGUGUUGUUGACCCCAAUGAUCACGACUGGAGACCGAGCCUUGCGAAUCCUCUCCCCGGCCACUUCCGCGUUCCUGAUCUCGAUGAAGAUGACGAUGAAGAAGGCAUCACCACUACGACGGAGGUAGAGAUGGUACAAGAGCCAAUUCCUCCACAGCCCGGCACACCACGAAUGUCGCAUGCGGAACUCCCUCAACGAUCACCACCGACCGAACUCUCUACUUUCACCGGUCAUACUAACAAUAUCUUGAACGACUCGACAACGGAGUUCAAACUGAACAAGGCCAGAUCUGAUGCGCAGAAAUAUAAACCGGCAAAGUCCUCUCGACUUUCGCUUAGCGAACAGGCAAGAUCACGAUCUUCCUCUCCACCGAGCUCUGAUGCCGAUUUUACCGCGCCCAAUCUCGAAAUGGGAACCCCCAGUCCAGUCAAGCCUCGAAAUGAGCCGGCUCCAGACACUCCCGGCCCAGAGAUUGCAUCAACUUCUCCUCGGCAAACUGGACUCGAGGAACUGGAUAAUGCCAUCGUCGGAGAAGAUGGAAUGACGGAUUAUCAGAGAGAACACCAGUACGACGACUGGGCACGAAGCGUCUUUGCUGAGAUUGUACCACAGACAUACGAAGAAGCUGGUGUGGCUUCCAACUACAUUGCAGACCUUGUCAGAAGAAACUGGACAGAGAGAGAUGAGCGCGAGGCUGUUGAGUUUUGGACCAGAGAAUUUGCACAGGGAUUGCAGGCGGCAAAAGAGGCUGCAGCUCAAGGAAGAGAACUUGUCUGGGUCACAAGUCCCUCACAGAUGGCUGAAGGAUCAGAAGAAGAAUUGUGA